GGAAAAAGCACCGUUAACAAUUACUGAUAGGGAAUUCCUAGCACUCCUCAACACGCAGUAACCCUAUCGCCUAAUCUCACUCAGAGACUCGCGGACCAGCAUGAAGGCUCUUCUCGUGUUCACAGCCUUGGGAGUUGUGCUGGCGCAGAUUGUGUACUACCAUCCAGAACUCGUCCAUGGCUACUCGAUGGAGUAUCACAGCUACGCUAACAUCAUCGUUGUCAGGAACGCUACUGCUUGCUACAUCGUCGACGUCUCCGCCGGCCUCGAGGGCGACCUGAGACACAGCACAACGAGGGCAAAGAUAGAGGAGGAAAUCUACAACCAAAUGAUGAGUCACAAGGGAGAGGUCGUGUCUUCCAUCGACAGGAUCCGACACGAGAUCCAGGACAUCCGUGCUAUAGUCGAGUGUUUUCGCCACAAUGUCUAUCAGAUCAAGUACAUGCCCUCAACAUAGGAAUCAGUGAAAUAAAGCUGUCGAAUGUA